GAGGACAGUAGACUUUUAACAUCAAGAGGACUCGACAGGAACUGAAAGAAGAAGACUAAAAGCCGCUCCAAGAUCGGUUUGAAUGAACAACCAGCUUCGAUAGUUUGUUCAUUUGUUUUGUCCAACUGGUUUGUUUGGGUUUCUUGGACUUGUAUCCUGCUGUGUGCCUGUCAUAAUGUCCGGGAUACCUCCAGACACAUGGCAGCCGCCCACCGUGGCUUUGGAGACCACGAUGGGGACGGUUCUGGUGGAGCUUUACUGGAACCGCCCCAAAACCUGCAAGAACUUCGCAGAGCUGGGCAGGAGAGGCUACUACAACAACACCAAGUUUCACCGGAUUAUCAAAGACUUCAUGGUGCAGGCGGGGGAUCCUACAGGAACAGGUCGAGGUGGUGCCUCCAUUUAUGGUAAACAGUUUGAGGAUGAACUUCACCCGGACCUGAAAUUUACAGGCGCUGGAAUUCUGGCCAUGGCCAACGCAGGACCAGACACCAACGGAAGUCAGUUCUUCCUCACCCUCGGACCCACGCAGUGGCUGGACGGGAAGCAUAGUAUUUUUGGAAGAGUGUGCCAAGGCAUGGGAGUUCUAAACCGGAUUGGGCUGGUGGAAACAAACAGUCAAGAUCGUUCGGUCGAUGAUAUUAAAAUUGUCAGAGUCACUUUACCUAAUUAGACAAAACGUCUCUUUUUAAUUUGUAUUUUUUUAUUGCUUUGGAAAAUAAAUAUUAAAACUUCACAAAAGUUUUUAUUUUUGUCCUUGCAGUGUUAAUGCUUAGAGAUUGCCAGUUACCAAUAGCAAGCAAAAUGAAAACAUAAUAUUCCCUCUAUGUCAACGCAACAGAAUCAUUUGACAUGUUUUCACCAGCUUUUAAAGAAACCAAAUGAAUUGUAUAUUCUCAUCCCCAUUGACAUUUAUCUACAUCAGCUGUCCUCUGGAAACUCAUGGAUGUCUUUCUUUUUAUGAAAGUCAGGAAGCAUUUAAGCUCAUUAGUACUUAAACAUCUCUGAGUUGUUUUUUUAAACUAACUGGACAUUUCUUAGAUGAAGAAAUGGAAUUCCCUAUAUGUAAAAUUAGCUCUGUCACUCAUGAUCGUGCCACUUAGAAAAGCAAUUUCUUUUUUAUUUUACAUGCACUGAAACAAAUACAAUCAAAUAAUUUUGAAUUAGUUUAGCAUCAGGGAAAAAAACACAGUACACCAAGGUAUAAUGUAUAUUUUGUACUAAUGACUUAAAACCAAAUAUACUAUAAAAAUCAAAGAAAUAUUCAAAGUUACAAACAUCCAUUCCUGUUCCUGGUCAGACCAUCCUUUAUCAAUUUACAGUAAAUUAGUAAAUUAAGCACUUUGCUGUUUGGCUUCAGCUAUUCACCUAUCUCCAUUAAAAGAUAUAAAUAAAUCCCUCUUAUGCAAUAUUAUUUUUCUUAAAAAGAAAUGAACACAUUUCUUUCUUUGAAACUCUCAACCACCAAAGUGCUGUCAAAGGACUUGCAGGAGGAGGCAAAAGAUGGAUUCACCAGGCCAGAAUAAAAUCAGAGACUUGAUGAGACGAUGAUAGCUGUUCACAUAUCGUCCCACAGUGGACGAUAUGUGAACAGCUUUAUCCGUUCGACAUGAAGUGGGGGAAAAAUAUCCCUUAAUUGAUUUAAUUUGUUAGAAAAUUUCCAACUUGAGAUUAUGCUGUCUGCAUAUGUGCUUCAGAUAUGCAUGACUGACUAUCUGUACUGUGUGCCUGUUAUAUUUGCAAGCCUUUAUGUUUUUUAACAUUAAGUAAACAUUUUUCAUAAACAAG